GCGGAAUUCGUUCUUUUACUGUUGCAGAUAAGAAUGGCGGCAACAACGACAAUUUUGUUGCGGCAGAGGCCUGCUAUUUUAUGUGUCGCAGCUCAGAAUCUUUUUAGGAAUAACCACAGAACACUGGCAUCAAAGAAACUACAGACAGUUGGUAAACUAGAAACUCCAAAACAGCACGGAAAAUAUAUCACAGGACAAUUGUUUUUGCAUAGAAUUUUUGGCUAUCGAGGCAUCCUACUUUUCCCUUGGUUAGCCAGACUGUAUGACAGAGAUAUAUCUGGAAACAAACAAGAAAGCAGGCCUACUGAGAAGAUAGAUGGAAUGCCUUUAGAUACAAACAAAGAAGUGAAGGGAAAAACACAUGUCUACUACCAAGUUCUGAUUGAUUCAAGAGAUUGCCCAUUCAUCAGGGCACAAACAGAAGCAGUCACCUUUCUCGGAAACCAAGAUAACAACAGAUCUCUAUAUGCAAUACCAGGUUUGGACUAUGUAGCUCAUGAAGAUGUCUUACCAUAUUCAUCAUCUGGUGAAGCAAGUCCGAUCAGUCAUGAACUCUUUGAUAAAUUCUUAGAAUUUAAUCCUGGCCAAGAUCCCCACUUCACCCCUAAAGACACCCUGCGUGCAUGGCAGGAGAAGAACCAUCCCUGGUUGGAGUUAUCAGAUGUGCAUAGAGAGACUACUGAUGGCAUAAGAGUUACUGUCAUACCAUUCUAUAUGGGUGCUAGGGUUUCACAAGAUUCAAGUGUAUACUGGUGGAGGUACUGCAUCAGGCUUGAGAAUCUUGGAGAUGAGACAGUACAGCUGAGAGAAAGACACUGGAGAAUAUUUAGUCUGUCAGGAACAUUAGAGACAGUCAGAGGGAGAGGAGUAGUUGGACAGGAACCCAUAUUAUCAAAGGAGCAGCCAGCCUUUCAGUAUAGCAGUCAUGUUUCAUUGCAGGCACCGAGUGGACACAUGUGGGGGACAUUCCGCAUGGAGAAGAGCGAUGGUCAGACCUUUGACUGCAGAAUCCCUCCUUUCACAUUAGAAAGUAAACAAGAUGAUCACUCCAGUCCACAUAGCUUCUUCUGGUGAAGGGCAUCUCAAGGACAGGAUGAAGGUCACUUUCUUGAAUUCACCUCACCUACCAAUGCUCUGUCAGUCGAUAAUAUUCUCCAUAUCACUGAAAGAGACACUGGAUAUCUACAAAUGUCCAACAAAACGCAUGUAGGAUUGUUUCCAUUCAAAAUUUGAUCAGGCCCCGGUCUGAAUGUAAUUCAUCCAAGUGGUCAGUGCUUCACCAAUUGAUGUAGUGGUGAAAGCCUGGGAAACCACUGCCUAAAAACUUACAAUUAAUAGUAACACUGUCAUCAGUGGUAACAAACAUGCACGAUCUUUAGUGGGUGUUUCAUAAAGUUGUUGGUUAAUUUACCAAUGACUGUAAUAGCAAACAGCAGGAAUAUCAAAUGCCACAUUUAAUGGAAAUAAUAACUAUCGUAUUCCAUAUUUUAAGAAAUUGGAACUGUAAUUGUAGAAAAUGUACCACCAAAAAAUCUGUGUAAAGGUAGAAGUGAAUCUGCAAUUUUUUUUGGGUGGUGUGAUUAAAAAUCAUGCAAAAGUCAAGCAUUUUGAAUGUUCAGCUUUAUGAAACAACACACCUUUAACUUGUUAAGCUGUCCAGUGCAGUUAAUUUCAAUGUUGGUACUCUUGAUAGCAGAGUUUCCACUAAAACUUUAUGUUUUGUGAAUUAUUUGAGAGAAGAAAAAUGUAAAGUAUUCUCUUUUGCUUUCUGAUACAUGUCUACUUGUUUAGUACAGUUUUGAUCCUGACAAUUUUGCUAUAGAUUAUAUAUUAGACACACUAAUGGUGUUAACUUUCUUAUUUAUAUUGUUUGUAAUGGUUGGCCAAAUUAAACCCAUUGGCCUGUAAUGUGAAGUCGGGUUCAAUUUAAACUUGGGUCUAAAGUUGUGAUUUAACUAUGGAUAGCCAA